GGAGGCGGAGGCGGGCGAGGGCGGCGGCGCGCGGAGACGCAGGAGCGGCAGCAUGUCGGCCGGCGGAGUCCCGCCGCCCCCGAACCCCGCCGUGUCCUUCCCCGCGCCCCGGGUCACCCUGCCCGCCGGCCCCGACAUCCUGCGCACCUACUCGGGGGCCUUCGUGUGCCUGGAGAUCCUGUUUGGGGGGCUAGUCUGGAUUCUGGUGGCCUCCUCCAACGUCCCUCUACCUCUGCUGCAAGGAUGGGUCAUGUUUGUAUCUGUGACGGCGUUUGUCUUCUCCCUCCUUUUCCUGAGCGUGUUCCUCUCCGGCAUGGUGACUCAGAUUGAUGCCAACUGGAACUUCCUGGAUUUUGCAUACCACUUUACAGUAUUUGUCUUUUACUUUGGCGCCUUCUUAUUGGAAGCAGCAGCCACAUCCCUGAGCAACCUACGUUCAUGCAAUGCAACCUUGGCCGAGACACCACUCCUGGAUGACAACCAGUAUAAUAUAAAUGUAGCAGCCACGAUUUUUGCCUUUGUGACGACAGCGUGUUAUGGUUGCAGUUUGGGUCUGGCUUUACGAAGAUGGCGACCAUAGCACUCCUUGGAAAUGAACUGUCCAUGUGUGGGCUUCACUUGUCUGCUUUGUAUUAUAGUCUGAUUAAUUUGAGUGCCAUUUUGUCUGGAUAUAAGAACAUUCCAAACAUACUUUAAUUUCUUUAUAAAGAGAAUUUAAGUACUAGUAAGUCUAGUCUUACUUCCUGGGUAGAAUUUUAAUUUUUAUAUUUAAAUGUAUCUAUAGCCAUUGAUUUUACAUGUUUCUUUUUUUUCAAAUAUAUUUUAUAUCCAUAAAAUGCACAGAUAAUAUUCAUGGAAAAGAGGGUCUCUCUUGUCUAGUUGUCCAGAAGCUUUAACCUUGAAAUUUAGCAGUUAAACCUUGAUGUUCAACUAAAAUGUCCCAAAGCAACAUUCCAAAUAGGUUUCCCACUGAACCUUAUCUUUUAACAUAAAAUGGGUUAAGAGUUUUUUUCUUUAGAGGGUUGAAGAUAUGGUAAAUAUUCCAGCCUUCACAGGUUUCUACACCCUCUGUUGCCCCUGCUUUCCUCUGCUUUUUUUAAAGGAAAGUAGCUGUAGACAAAACGUAAAUGAAAGCAUGUGGCUUUGUUCCAGUAAGACUAUAAAAACACACAGAAGGCUGAGUUAGCCUGUAUAUUUCAGGUUGGAGUUUCUUAGUCUCUGGUAUAAAACCUUGGUUGUAUGUUCUGUAUUUUAUUAAAAUUUUGUUCUGAGCUAAAGUUAAUUAGAUAAGCCUCACAAUUGUAUCAUAAUGCAAUAAUCACAAUGCCUUUUAGUUAAUGGUCAGAUACCCUUGAGCAGGCUUAUUGUUUCUCAAGUAUUAAGGGGCAUAUAAUUUCUCAAGGUAUUUCAAUCAGAUUUUUAGGUUCCAGAAAAUAGAAUUUAUGAACUGAACUCUCGUGACCUGACCAAAUUGAGGGUUUUCCAAUGAAUGAGCAAAACUCUGUCUUCACAUCCUUAACAAGAAGAGUCCUAGAUACCAUUAGCUACCACUAGAACUGGUAUCUUGUCAUGUACAUCUUUUAAUUUUUUCAUGCUUUAAAAUGUAUCUCUUUAAAAUAUGCCCCAUGCAUGAUUAUAUGAAUAUUGUGUGUGGGUGUGUAAAUCUUUACCAAAUCUCUGGAAUAAGUUUUAACUUCUACUAUUGUAUAUUAUUCUUUGAGUUAAAUUUGAAUAUAGUAGAACUUGUAUAUUCCGAUUGUAAGUUCUCAGAUUGUCUUAUAAUGACCCUUACUUACCACAACUGUGUUCUUUUUGCAUCGAUGACAAAUAAUACAGAGUUAGUUUUAAAAUAACGGCCAUCGGGAGCCAGAGUGAUUAUAAUGGGGUUUGUACAUUUGCCUUGCAUGUGACCAGCUCAGGUCAAUUCCUGGCACCCCAGAUGGUUCUCUGAGCCCACCAGGAAUAAUACAGACUCAGCUCAGAGGCAGGAGUGAGUUGCUCUUGAGCACUAGCAGAUGUUGCCCUAAAACCAAAAAUAAAUAGCAGCCAUCAAGAAAUAAGUAUAAAUAAACUGUCUCUGGCUAACUAGCACAUUUUAAAAAGAGAAAGUAUUUUUUCUGUAAAGCCUGAGUUUUGAACAAGUGCCAGUACAGGCUUAAAUGAAGGGAGUAAGUUAGAUUUCCAUCUUCCUAGUUCCCAACACACUGGGGCAGGGAAUUCCUAGCUCCCCAUCCACUGGUUAAGCAGGGUAUUUAUCUCUUGCUCCACAAUCCUGCCUCUGGCAAAAAAAGGGCUUCUAAUUGCUCUGUAUGUUCAAUCCUUAUCCUUUUUACCUGAAACAUUCCCUCGGGUGUGCCAUAUACGAACUGGGCUAUUAUAUUAGACUUUACAAACAUAGAGCAAUGAUAAAUGAGUAGUAUGAUCCAUGCUCCAUAAUCUACUGCUAUUUAUAUAAUGCUCUCCUAGAAAGAAAAACUUUAUUAGAGUCUAGUUUUUUGAAAUAUAAAGAUAAAACACAUGUUUCAGUAGGUGGUCAAAGGAAAUCAGCUUUAUGACUUUAUGUACAUAUCAUAUUUUUCUAUAAAUAUCCUGCUCCCUAGGCUUGCUAGCUCCACAGCACACAUUUAAACCUUGUUAAAAAAUUAUAUAUUACAAAAUUAUAAAUGUGCCAUAAGGAUAUAUAGUCUAUUCUACCUGGAAUCAUUUAGUCUUCUAGAUUGAAUUGUGAAAUUUUAUUUUUGUUUCCAAGGUACACAGGUCUGAGCCUGCUGAUAGUACAUUAAAUGGUUUCAUGGAAAUGCUUUGGUAGUAUUUUUGUAAAUGAAUUGCUUCUAGAUAAUUAAGAACCAAGCCUAAAACUCAUUUAACUGUGAAUAUACUUAGAUUUGUAGAUUAAUUGCAUUUUAGAUUUGUGAGCUGAGUGACAAAGCACUUGAACAAAAACACUGCAUAAAAGAAUUUAUAUAUCUUAGCUAAAAAGAUAACAAAGUCUUGGUUGGUCUUAAAAUCUGGUAACACCAUAAUGAAAAGAAUUUUAUUUUAUAAGUGUUAUAACUAAUAAAGUAUUCAUUUGAUAAUC